AUGUCUGCGUCAGAGCCUGACAGUGGGGCAUUGCCGCACGCCCUCGCACUUCCAGACAUCUCUGGGGCAGUACCUACCUCCUCAGAGGCCAGGGCCAAACGCCGCAUCGCCGCAUUGGAAGAUGAAUUACAGACGAUGAAGCAAGAAAAAGGAACGAAGCAGAGAAAGACUACAUACUACGUCGCCCAAGGCAGGGCAGUUCGCCGAAUGACCGUCCUUUAUACUGGCUUAGAAGAUUUGAUCGCUGAGAAUGAUCACAGAUACGAGCAAGCCAUGGUGGAUGAUGACAUGGUAGAAGGCACCACAGAACAAGAUCACCUGCAGCGCGGCUACCUUGUGCUCGCACAGACUCUGCCAUGGAUACAUUCUAAGCUUGCAGAACUUGAUGCCGACGAAGCUGAAGAUAUGUUAAAAAAGAUCAAAAGAGGAGCCGAUGCGGCCCGUGGCGACAAUACAUCCACUCUAAAGGAUCUCGUCGCCGCCUGGGUCAAUCAGGAUUUUCGACCAUCCUCUUUACUCAGGUCUAACGACAAAUACUUGCGCGGCUUUAGUGGGAUUGGACUGAUGACUGGCAGCAUGAAGGCUGGCAUCCGCGACAGAACAUCAGACUUCAUUGUAUCAGAAAAUUCUUGGCCGGUAUUUGUGUACGAGAAUUACUCGCUCGAUGAGAACAACCUCGAACAGGGUCUCUUUAUGUCCAAGAUCCUCGUUCAGGCUUUCAAAGCUGUAUUUACGUCUCCAUCUUCUGCAAGAGAAGCUGAUGGCGAUGGUGAUGGAGCCGACAUCCUCGAAAAUAACCGAUGCGCCAGGCGGGCAUUAAAUCAGGUCAAGGUUAAAAUGUGUGUUGCCUCGAUCAUCAACAUGAGGAAGGUCACCCCUCACUCCAUCGCUUAUGUUGUCUGUCAAGUUCGUUUUGCGCUAUCCAGCAUCUCAUCAUGGCGCACCAUUGAUGGUGACUUCAAUUAUGAAGUAUUUUGGAACAACAUCGUUGAUUUCUUCGAGGAUGUUCCUGGCCCUGUCGCACAACGAAGGGUGAGCAAACUACUCGAAUGGUGGACUAGGAAGAUUUUUGGAAAAAAUCAUCGAGAAGAUCUAACACCGGAAGUUGUAUCCAAGAUGUCCGUUACAGCACUAGCCGAGCAGAGAAAGAGGCUGGAGGAUGCUGCUUUUGACUCGGAUUAA